GAAGAAUAACGAAUAACAACCAAAGAUCACUUAUCUUCAUUUAACCAUUCAAAAACGAACACAACGGCCAAUUUCCACUCCACUCCUCUCCACUCGCGCCAAAUCCCACCCCCAAAAUGUCCUCCGUCCUCCUCCACUCCCUCACCCCAUUGCCGCCGUAUCGCCGCCGCAGCACCGCCCUCAGAUCCACUCAUCACGUUCUCCAACAAACAAGCAAGAGAUCGAUCGCAUUCACCUGCAAAUCCCUCACUGAUGAUGGCGAUGACGGUUAUUUGUUGGACGCACCUGUUUCUGCUGGAGAUGGCUUCUCGUUUAGUGGAGGAAAGUAUUCGGAUGGACCGAAUCCGGCUGAUGAAUGGUUUAAGCAAGGAAGAUAUAUGAAAGCACAUCCUGUUUAUGGCACUGGUGAAAAGGCCAAGGAUCCAAUUUUUGGUCUUGCAAUGGGUGGUAGUUCUCAAGCCUCAACGGAUGUCUUCAGAUGGUUUUGUGUAGAAAGUGGAAACGUUGAUAAACCUUCAGUUUUAUUGAUUCACGGAUUCCCUUCACAGGCUUAUUCGUACCGCAAGGUACUUCCACUGCUAUCCAAGGACUAUCAUGCUAUUGCUUUUGAUUGGUUAGGUUUUGGAUAUUCGGACAAGCCUCAACCCAAAUAUGGGUUCGAUUACACCUUAGAUGAAUUUGUGUCGGCUUUGGAAUCUGUUAUUGACGAGCUUGGUGUCAAUAAGGUUUCCCUGGUUGUUCAGGGGUAUUUUGCGCCCAUUGUUGUUAAAUACGCAAGCAAUCAUCAGGAGAAGUUGAAUGAUCUCAUACUGAUUAAUCCUCCUCUAACAGCCAAGCAUGCGAACCUGCCUUCAACGUUGUCCAUAUUCAGCAACUUUUUGUUGGGUGAAAUAUUCUCACAGGAUCCUCUUAGGGCAAGUGAUAAGGCGUUGACAAGCUGUGGGCCUUACAAAAUGAAAGAAGACGAUGCUAUGGUGUAUAGGAGACCAUAUCUUACCUCUGGUUCCUCUGGCUUUGCUCUAAAUGCAAUUAGUCGUUCAAUGAAAAAGGAACUUAAGAAAUAUGUUGAAGAAAUGAGAAAGAUUCUGAUGGACGAUGAUUGGAAAGUUAAAACUUCAAUAUGUUGGGGACAAAGAGACCGCUGGCUAGACUUUGACGGAGUUGAAGAUUUCUGCAAGGCUGCAAAACAUCGACUAGUCGAACUUCCAAUGGCAGGGCAUCAUGUACAAGAGGACUCUGGUGAAGAACUUGGAAGCAUUCUCGCUGGACUCAUUAGCAGAAAGGUCCGAAUUUGAUAUCUUGGUCUCAUUCUUUAUCCAAGUUACCUUUUUUCAUGUGAGGAUGAUUAAAAAGAAAUGGUAUAUAUGUGAUUAUUUCUUGUUAUCUGUAAAAUACAUAUGAAUUUGAAAAGAUGUAUAUUUGUUAAAUUAUUGUAUCUUUAAAAAUAAUGGAAACAAAGGGAUUUUGUGUGAUAAUAAGUUUGUGUUACUGAUGGUUGUAUGGAUCAA